AUGUCUAAUCGCUUCAAGCGCCGCAAGAAGGACGACGAUAGAAGUGAGUGGACGGUAGAGGAUGUGAAAGAAGAAACUAAGAUUCAGUCUGAAGAUAUAGAGAAAGAGCUUCAAUCUGAAGAUAUAGAAAAAGAGCUUCUAUCUGAAGAUGUAGAAAAGAAGCUUCUAUCUGAAGAUGUAGAAAAAGAGCUUUUAUAUGGAAAUAAUAUUAGUUUGGAGACAGGAACAGAUAGAAAAGAAGAACAAGAGGAUGUUGACUUUUCAGAGCUUCGAAAGGUAGCUAGACAGCGCUAUUUGACAGACAGAGAAAAGAAACAGAUGAUACUACUAGAAUCCGAGUUGAAGGAUUACGAGAGAGAUAUUGAAAAGAUUGGAUGGGACAAUCUGAGUGGUAAGGAAAGAAAAGAAUAUUCGUUGAAGAAACAAGUGAUGACUAUAUUCAACAGACGAAGAAAGAUUGAAGAGGAGGAACUGACAGGACAUGGAGAAGGAUUUCAGAUUCAAAAUGAUUACAUAACAUCAGAAGGACGAAUAGAUACUAAGAGGAAACGACAAGCAUUAUAUGGAAGAAGAGAAGGGGGAAUCGGGUACGAGGUUAAGGAAAUGACGGCUGAGAAACAGAUAACUGGAUUUACCCAUUUAAAGGAUGAAAGUCAUAAGAUUCCCGAGAAGAAAUACGAAUAUGUUUUCGACAAGUCGCAAAAAGUCGAAUUCUCCAUGGAUGGAGACGAUGAGGAGAUAGAAGAUGCUGAAAAAUUCAGACUUGAGGCCAAAAUAGCACAGGAAGAGGCCAGAGUGAAGAGUAUUGAACAAACCAGGAAGAGUUUACCGGUUUAUAAGUACAGAAAUCAACUUAUAGAUGCAGUGAAGAAGUAUCCUGUGUUGAUAGUAGUGGGAGAAACAGGAAGUGGCAAAACCACUCAAUUACCUCAGUAUUUGUACGAGGCUGGGUUUGCAAAGGGUCUUCGUAUUGGCUGUACUCAGCCAAGACGCGUGGCUGCGACAGCGGUGGCUGUACGUGUAGCAGAUGAAGUUGGUACAAAGUUGGGAGAUCGGGUGGGUUAUUCUGUUCGUUUUGAUGAUAAAACUACUGAUAAAACGGUGAUCAAGUAUAUGACGGACGGCAUGCUACUCCGAGAAUUCAUGUCAGAUCCUGAUCUUUCCGGAUAUUCGGUGAUGAUGGUGGAUGAAGCACACGAAAGAACGCUUCAUACGGACAUUUUACUUGGACUUCUCAAAGAGAUCUCAACGCAAAGAGCUGAUUUCAGACUCCUAAUAUCAUCUGCCACAAUGGAUGCAGAGAAGUUUAGUGCAUACUUCAACGAUGCACCGAUUUUCAACAUCCCUGGAAGAAGAUUUCCCGUGGCCAUUCAUUAUACAAUGCAACCUGAGGCCAAUUAUCUUCAUGCUGCUACAACGACAGUUUUCCAGAUUCAUCUUUCACAGGGUCCGGGAGAUAUACUAGUAUUUCUUACAGGACAAGAUGAAAUUGAGACUAUGGCUACCAAUUUGCGGAACACCGCGGAGAAAUUGGCAGGACAAAUGCCUCUAGAGUUAAUUGUUUGUCCGAUUUAUGCAAAUCUACCUCCGGAAAAGCAGAAACUUAUCUUUGCACCAACACCCAAAAAGUCCAGAAAGGUUGUUUUGGCCACGAAUAUUGCCGAGACUUCGUUGACCAUCAAUGGUAUUGCAUAUGUGGUAGAUUCGGGCUUUGUGAAGGAAGAUAUAUAUAGUCCUGCCACUGGCAUGCAAGCACUUACCGUGGUUCCAUGCUCACAUGCUUCUGCGGACCAAAGAGCAGGCCGUGCCGGACGUACGGGGCCUGGAAAAUGCUUUCGUCUAUACACCAAAUGGGCAUUUUCUCACGAGAUGCCUGCCAGUUCUACUCCGGAAAUAUUGAGAGCCAAUUUAUCGGGUGUAGUGCUUCAAAUGAUGUCUCUAGGGAUUUCUGACCUUAUUCAUUUUGAUUUCCUUGAUGCACCGGCACCUGAGGCACUAAUUAAAGCAUUGGAACAGUUGUAUGCUUUAGGAGCACUCAACGAAAAGGGUGAAUUGACGCGCGUAGGACGGAUGAUGGCAGAUCUACCUUGCGAUCCAAUGCUUGCCAAGUGCCUUAUAACAGGUGGUGAUCUAAAGUGCUGUAAGGAGGUCAUUUCAGUAGUGGCUAUGCUCGAAGAAUCCGGAGCCUUAUUUUACAAGGGAGCAGAGGAAGCGGCCAAUUCUGUAGAAAAGUUUCGUUCUAGAAGUAAAGCUAAACUUGGUGGAGAUCAUCUUACUUUACUAGAGAUCUGGCAAGAAUUUGUGGAGGCAGGAUUUUCUGUUCAAUGGUGCAGAGAUAAUUAUUUACAGUACAGAAGCUUGAACAGAGCACGGAAUGUGAGAAAUCAGCUCGAAAAGCUUUGCAGAAGACUUGGAUUAGAGGAAGGAGAAGAAGAGAGCGGAAAAAUAGAGGAUGAGGACGAUAAGGAUCGUAAAAGGAUCAGAGUGAUGAAAUCAAUCACCUCAGGCUUCUUUUCUAACGCUGCCAAAUUGAGUCGAUCGGGAGAGAGCUACCAAACUUUGAAGAAGCAUCAGUCCGUGUGGAUUCAUCCUUCUUCGGCCCUAUUUAAAAUGAAGCCUCCAGUUAGACUGGUAAUCUACAAUGAAUUGGUACUAACUUCAAAAGAGUUUAUGAGAAACUGCAUGCCCAUUACAGAAAAGUGGUUGAAGGAGUAUGCCCCUCAUUACUAUGGUCGGAGUAGAGAGUAA